AGCCCCAAAACAUUUGAAGAUUCUUCCCAUUGGAAUGGAUGCGCUUAGAUUAGUUACAAAUUCAAGACAAGGUAGAAGGAAAGGAAGUGCAAUAUCAAAAGGUAAAAUCAAAACUAAAAAGCCAAAACUAAACACCCGACCAAAGCCUCAAAACAGCUCCAAAACCCCCUCAGAAUCCUCCCAAACCCCAAAAAGGGAUAAUCCUAAACGCCACCCUCGUGCUCCAAAAUCAGAUGUUGAAAACUCAGCUACAUUCAGUAUCUCAAGCGAUUACCUUCGUAAACCCAGGCAUCAGAGAAAAGUCUCUAAUUUUGGAACCAAAAAGCCCGAAGCAUCGCUACAAAAGUCUAAACGAAGACAACGUAACCACAGAAGAGACAUGAACAGAUCGAUAGACCUUCCUCAAACUCCUUUCGACAUAUUCAAAUCUUUGCUUACCCAAUCACAGAUGGGUCACCACCACAACCACAGAGAAGCCAGGGUCGGCUCCAAUGAUGCUCAUGCAAUUAGCACUAUCUCAAGAAUGCAAAGAUCAAUAAAUCACGAGAAGGAACAAGAAGAAAAUCAAAGAAUAAUCGAUUCGUUAAAAUAAAGAAAAUGAUGAAUUGAACAGAAAAAUUCAGAUUCUUGAGCACAAACUGACCAAAUCAAACGAGAUAUCCUCCAACCUUCAAUUUCAAAUCCAGAAGGUUGAAGAAAAGCAGUCCAAGAUAGAGGAGCUACGUGAGAGGAUGCAAGAAUUCAAGAAGAAGUAUAAAUAAAAUGAAGCAUAAGAAAGAGAGCUUAUAUCUCAACAAAAUUAAUGAGUACAAAACUAGGGAACAAAUAUUGAUCCCAAAAUUUAAACAAUUGUAUGCUAAAUGUGAGGAAUUAGCAAAAUGGAAGAAAAUUCAUAGUUGUAAAUGGGAUAACCUCGAGCGGGACUCAAUAGAAAAUAAGCUCCGGUGGGUAUUUAAUAACAACCAACAAGAAUUGGAGACCUAUCUUAAGUCCCAAAUCCAUACUACUCAAGAAUCAGAUGCGAAUAACCUUGUGACUCCAGUAAAUGAAAUCAAAGAUAUCAAUCUCUCCCUAGCGCAAAGACCAUUCAAAAUAAGUGAAUUCUAGAAAUUAUUCAAUCUUUCUUCUAUUUAAGAAAA